AUGUCUCAAAACAAGCUCACCGACACCAACGCCGAGGGUCUCUCCAUCGUUGAGAAGGCCCAGAAGACCUUCUUCAACCGUGGCACCUACUCCUCCAACCCUCCCUGUGAUGGCUGUUACGACGACAAGGGAACCUUCUGUGUCUGGCCUGUGGCUGUCUUCGCUCAGGCUGUGGUGGAUGGUGCUCGAAUCUACCCCGAGCUCAAGAAGCUGAUCCCCCAGGCGUUUGAGGCCUUCAAGCCCUACGAGACCCAGGAGUACCCCAGCGUGUGCACUGCCUCCAAGUACUUUGACGGAAACAAGGACAUCUACUUCGACGAUAACGCCCAGAUUGCCUCUGCCUACAUCACCGCUUACGAGGUCACCGGCGAGAAGAGCUUCCUGGACAAGGGCCGAAACAUUGUGCGGUUCCUCAUGACUGGCUACGACUCCACUGGUGAGCCUGGAGGAGUGCGAUGGCACAUUGGCAAGACCGGAUCUAACGCCUGUACCACCUCCGAGUCUGCCUGCGCCGCCCUCCGACUGUCCAAGUACGUCCCCAACGAGGCCUCUUACUACAUUGACUUUGCCCGAGACUGUGUCAAGUGGGUUGUCCACCGACUGCAGGACCCCGAGGACUGGCUUAUUCGAGAUGGUGUUGAAUACCAUGAUGGCCAGGGCUUUUCCGUCAACGACAUGAAGUGGACCUACAACCAGGGAACCACCAUCUCUGCUCUUUCCGGACUCUACGGUAUCACCAACGACCAGUGGUACCUCAAGGAGGCCGAGAAGAUCAUCCGAGGUGUUUGUGAUCCCAACACCACUAUCUUCGACCGAGACACCCAGCCCGAGUUCCGAUACUACCGAGACAACGUCUACUUUUACCAGCUGCUUGCCGAGGGUUUUGCCGACUUUCUGCUCUUCUGCGGAGACGACACAGACCCCAAGUAUGCCCAGCUGGCUGUUGAGCAGACCAAGCGAAACCUGGUCUACAUCUACCAGUAUCUGCGGGACCCUAAGGACGGUCUGUACUUCCAGACCUUUGAGAUUUUCCGAAUCACUCCCGAGCUGGCCCAGGAGUUUGACCGUCUGACCGGUGAGAACCGAAAGUUCGAGCCUUCUGAGGGAGAGCGAGCCAAGGGCAAGUACGAGAAGGAGCCCGUUGAGAAGCGACCUCUUGUCAAGACUCUUCUUGGCCAGGGAGGAGCUGCCCGGGUCUUCUUCCAGUCCGCCCGUGUUGUUCCCAAGCUCAACUAG